CCCUUCCAGCCUUACACUGAAUAUAUGCCACGGGGCAUGUAUGCUUUUCAAUGAAAGGCAUCUGAACUUUGCAGAACUACAAAAAAAUCUAAAGGCCAACUAUUUGGUCACUGUGAGGUAUAUUGCAAUCUAACCGUGCGUCGUUAACUCAGAAUGGGUUUGCAAGGCACUGGCUUUUUCCUCCAGUGUUACCUAAUGCUGGCAGCAGCUAUGUAUUUCGAGCUUGGAGAGCGAGAUGAAAAAUGCAUCAUUGAGGAGAUUCCUGAAAACACACUGGUCACAGCUAAUUUCUUUUUGGAGCCAUGGAACCUAGAGAAGGUCAGCCACUCUCCUCACCUGGGUGUCACUGCAUCGGUCAGAGACCCAAACCAGGAGAUUGUGGUGUCCAAACGUUUUGGAAAAUUUGCUAAAUUCUCCUUCACUUCGCACGCCUCCGGGCAGCACUACCUUUGCUUCCAAACAAAUUCGACAAGGUUCUCCGUCUUUGCUGGAGAAAGGAUGAAACUACAUUUGGAUGUUCAGAUGGGAGAGCACUCAAUGGAUCCCACUGCUGACAGGACCAAAGACAACUUGAAGAGUCUUGAGUACAGUCUCAGUCACCUCGUAGGUCAGAUGAUGUACAUCACCAGACAGCAGGAGUACCAGAGGGAGAAAGAGGAGGUGUUCCGUCAGAUCAGCGAAGAAACCAACAGCAAGGUGCUGUGGUGGGCUGUCCUGCAGACCUCCAUACUGCUCUUUGUUGGUUUCUGGCAGAUGAAACGACUCAAAGACUUCUUCAUUGCUAAAAAACUGGUGUGAGGCUGAGCUGUCCCCUGUUGGGGAUAUAACUCAUUGUUUAUUCCUUGCAUGUCCUGCAAACGUUUUAUAAGCUGCAGUUAAUGUCUUUUCCAUACCUAAAUGUCCAAAUCUAACAGCCCAUGAUAAAUAAAGUGGUAUUCAAAUUGAGACUACAUAAAGCUACAACAAUAAAGUUUGAAAAUCCACG